AUGGCCGCCUGCUCCAGCGACCUGAGCUACGGCAGCCAUAUCUGCCUGCCCGGCUCCUGUGAUUCUUGCUCCGACUCCUGGCAGGUGGACGACUGCCCAGAGAGCUGCUGCGAGCCCCCCUGCUGUGCCCCCAGCUGCUGCGCCCCGGCCCCCUGCCUGACCCUGGUCUGCACCCCAGUGAGCUGUAUGUCCAGCCCCUGCUGCCAGGCAGCCUGUGAGCCCAGCCCCUGCCAAUCAGGCUGCACCAGCUCCUGCACGCCCUCGUGCUGCCAGCAGUCUAGCUGCCAGCUGGCUUGCUGCACCUCCCCCUGCCAGCAGGCCUGCUGUGUGCCCGUCUGCUGUAAGCCUGUCUGCUGUAAGCCUAUCUGCUGUGUGCCCACCUGCUCUGAGGGCUCCUCUUCAUGUUGUCAGCCGUCUAGCUGCCAGCCGGCUUGCUGCACCUCCUCCCCCUGCCAGCAGGCCUGCUGUGUGACCGUCUGCUGCAAGCCUGUCUGCUGUGUGCCCACCUGCUCUGAGGGCUCCUCUUCAUGCUGCCAGCAGUCUAGCUGCCAGCCGACUUGCUGCACUUCCUCCCCCUGCCAGCAGUCCUGCUGUGUGCCCGUCUGCUGUGUGCCCAUCUCCUCUGGGGCUUCCUCUUUGUGCUGCCAGCAGUCUAGCUGCCAGCCGGCUUGCUGCACCACCUCCUGCUGCAGACCCUCCUCCUCCGUGUCCCUCCUCUGCCGCCCCGUGUGCAGGCCUGCCUGCUGUGUCCCCUCCUGCUCGAGCAACCCAGGGUCUAGCUGCCAGCCGGCUUGCUGCACCUCCUCCCCCUGCCAGCAGGCCUGCUGUGUACCCAUCUGCUGCAAGCCCAUCUGUGGCAAGCCUGUGUGCUGUGGGGCUUCUUCUUCGUGCUGCCAGCAGUCUAGCUGCCAGCCGGCUUGCUGCACCACCUCCUGCUGCAGACUCUCCUCCUCCAUGUCCCUGCCCUGCCGCCCUGUGUGCAGGCCUGCCUGCUGCGUGUCCGUCCCCUCCUGCUGUGCCCCCGCCUCCUCCUGCCAGCCCAGCUGCUGCCGCCCGGCCUCCUGCAUGUCCCUCCUCUGUCGCCCCAUGUGCUCCCACCCCACGUGCUAAGGCUUCUGCUCAGGCCAGAAGCCCAGCUGCUGACAGGCAUGUCCCCAAGCACCAGGCUCAGGUCCCCGCAAACCCUCCCACCGCUGACCUGUCAGUAC